AUGUCUUUCAACAAUGUUGUUGAGAAACUCAAACCUAAUACAUUCAUAGAAUCUGAACUGGGCAAAGAACUUGACAAUGAACUCUAUGAAAUGGAGUUUAGUCAGAAUAGGUGGGAAGGAAAGCCAUGCGUCAUGAUCUUCUUCUCUCUAGUCAAAGCAACUGAAGACCGGGGUUCUACAGUGCAGCUCCAAUCUCAGUCCAUUCUGCACCAAAUAAAUGACCUUGUUUUGGAAUCUUGCUAUAAAUAUAAGAGGUUUAACAGCAUCGACAUUUGCAAAGGAAUUAGAAGAGUCAUCCAAAUCGAUGUUAACGACAACGCAGAAGUCUCUAAGAUUGGGACUGAGGAAGGAACAGGGUUUAAUGACAAGAACAGUCUUGAAGUUGUUGACCACAAUAAGCAAUUUUAUCGUAUUAGUCUUGACGUCAACUUCAGGAAUAUUGAUCUAGUUGAUAUAAGACCUCAAGCCAAACACAAAAAUAAUUUAAAGAUAUCUAAUAAGAGAAAGCCUAAAAGUGAAAGCAAGAGCCAUAACCAUGCACCUGACCAGAGAAGUUCUCGAAAGAACUUUUUCAGCAAAGAAAAGGCGUUGGAAAAGAUGUCUUCGCAUGCCACCACCACAAUGGUCGCUCUGCCAAAGCAAAAUGAGGGAAGCCAAUCAGCGAGGACAAAGCAGCUUGAAAAGCCUGCUCCAAAGGAGAGAAUGUUCAUGACACACAACAAGUUCUACAUUAAGCCUGUCAUGAGUGAGAUUAAGGAGGAAGAGAAUAAAAGCGAGAUCUCUGACUCUUACAAAAACAGGGAAAUCGCCUCCUCCGAGCAAGCAAAUCUAAGUGAAGCUGUUAAGAAUAUGAUAAGUAAUACAUCUGGAGUAGAAGGAAGUACUCUUAACAAGAAUUCUCCAUUAUUUUAUGACUUUGAGAUGCUUAAAACUAUCGUGAUUCUUGUAUCCAACUUCGUAGGGCUCAAGGCAUCAUUCGUGAUAGACCAUGAACCAUUAUCCCUUGUGAACAGGAGAGAUGAGGAGUUUAACAAGAGUAACUCCCUUAGCAAGGAAUCUAGCCAAGUACCUAAGAUAAGGGUCAUCUUGGAAUCUAGGAUCAAUGAUAUUGCCCUCAAAAAUAUCAAGUGCUUAGAUGACGAUUAUCAACAACUUGAUAGUGCAAUGAAGAACAAGACUAUGAAGAGCCCUGCGAAGGGCAUCAAGGACUUCUUCCAAGACCAAUCUGGAACGAGGAUGUAUAACAGGACUUCUGAUGAAAAGUCUUUAAAACUUAAAGCUACCGAGAGCAGCAGGUCAGGCUGCCUGAACCAUGAAGAUAGCGAGAGCGAGACUGAAGGAAUAGUCUCUAUAGACAACGAGAAUGUACGUGAUAGGAAUGUUGCACUCAGAAGGGAGUUCAAUUUCAUCACGAAAGAAGCUAGAGAUUCUAUUCAAGAUUCAUCUAGAAAGGAUUACAGCUCUAAAGAGUCCUCUUUUCACACAGAGGAGAAAAAGAGAGAUCCCAAAUCAAGGCAGAGCAAGCUGGAUUUUGUAAAGAAGAUUGAAAUAGAAGAGCCGACUGGGACUCAAGAUUCCAUCUGAGUUGAAGCUGUUCCGACUAAGAUAAGAAAUGCCAAGACUUUGCAUCUGUUAUCUGCUAGAAACAAGAUAACUUAA